AUGGGCAAGCACCGUAGCGGCAAGAAGAGGCAGCGUGGAUCGGAUCCACAGCCACUGCUGAAUCUUGACGUUGGUGGUGUAUCAGCAUCAGCUGCAGUGGGAGGAGAGUCCAUUGAGAGUUGUUUGGCCGAUUUGGAAGAAGCGUCGAAUCCGCUCUUGUCGACAACUCAUACUAAUAAUGAACCAACGACAAGCCCCAUUACUACCAGUAAUCCAGAACCUGCCGUGACACCCGUGGGCUACAAACGCCAGGAACGAGUGGAUGCGUGGGAUGCAGCUUGGUCGUCUUGGUUGAAUGGCGGAGAAUACCAGGAGGGUCUGUUGCCCUGCUUCGAGACGGAACUGGCGCGACACUUUCAAGUAAAGAAAUUGUCUUCGUUCUUGCUCGACUCGUGUCGUGAUUUGAAGAUGCCCGCCUUUGAACGGUGGUUGUUGGACGUCAAAUUGGAAGAACGACAGACGCCCUCCAAGAAGAAAAAGAUUGCCGAGGAUCCCGUGCUUCCCACGCACACACUGUUGCUGACAUCCGCCUCAUCGCAACGAUUAAUGGAAGAAAUCGGGGAAACGGGGUCGGUCGAACCAGAUCAAGCCCAAACGAUUGUCCAAGAAUUGAUUCGUCGGACACAAUCCGCAUUGGUCGAAAUUCACAGUCAACGCCUGCGCUGUGGCCAUCAAACACCCGUCAAAUCCGAUAAAGUGGAGAUUGAACGAGGCAGCUAUCUCGUCUCCAUGCUCUAUUCCCGAAAGAAAUGGAAAAGUCCCUUUAUUGUCAAAAUCACCAUUUCACACUACGAAAAACUACAACAACGAUUUCUAGAAACACACCACAAAGUGAUCCAACUACACGACUUGGUUGCAAGCACAGCCAGUAGUACGAAACAAGAAAAGAGGAAACGAAAACGAGUCCAACACAGUCUCCAUCUCCUCCUCAUGGUCCUCACAUUGCGAUACUCUUCCUUCUCGGGUGGACAACUCUUGGAUGACUUUCGAGGUGGUGGAAUGCAGGGCGCCAUUAACGAACAGGGAUUUGACGUUCUGAAAGAAUUCUUUCCCGUUGUAUUUGAAUGCUUUGCAUCCCCUCUCAAUGUCACAUUGCCCUUUUUUGCAUCGGCAUUUGAACCCAUGUUGGAUUGGCACUUUGGAUCCGUCGGAGAUUUGGCACUCUGCGACUCAUUCCAAGACGGUGUUUGUGGAGAAGCCAAUCCUCCCUUUACACCGGCGUACAUGGAGUUUUUGUCCCAGUAUAUUUCCCAUCAGUUGGCCCAAGCCGACAAGACCGAUCGUGCUCUUUCCUUUGUGGUGAUUAUACCAUCCGUCGGGGAUAACGACAACAAGGACCACAAAAAAGUCUCCAGUGCCGUCAAACGAUUUGCGGCACGGGCGCACAAUGACAUGUGCCACAGCAAACGGUGCACUCUGCACAUUGUACUGCCCGCCAAGGAACAUGGAUAUGUGGAAGGGGCUCAACAUUUGCGACCCACGCGGUACAAACGCAGUCUCUAUGACACCAGUGUCAUUCUGUUGCAGAGUCAGGCCGCACAAGGAAAUAAUAAUUUCGACAAGACACUGUUUGAAGAGAAGAUUCGACUGGCAUUUGCAGAACGACACUCGGAAGAACAUCAAAAGCGCCAAAAGGUAGAAGAAUGA